UGGGAUGCUGUCGUCAAUGUUGAGAGAAUCACGCAGGGAUACGACAAUGACUGUGAAUGGACUUUUGAAACCGGCCUACCAGAUGUUUCACAAAAGACUGGUUCUGCCUUAUAGUUCAAUGAGUAUGAGAAGCAGCAGCAAAUACAUAGGAGUAAUUCAGACAUUAUAGAGUAGUAUUACCUGAUGCUUCUUGAUGGAUCUGAUCAGGCUUCUGCUGACUGUCACACUUUUAGCAGCUGCUACAAGCCUUUUGCUUUUGUGGAAAAAAAAAAAAAAAAAAGCUUCGCUGCAGAGAUGGGGGCUGCUGGGGUAUUACCAAAUGCACGUGAUAUGACACACUUGUCCUCUUUUUUCAGAGGCAAGCAGGUUUGUGCCAAAACAUGCCUCUGCGCACAUGCAGCGGCGCAGCCAGCACCAUGGGUGUUAAGAAAAGAACAGCCCCUGCUACUGAAGCACAUUAUCACUUGCGCGCCACGAAACAGACAAGAGAAAGAGCCUGAGCCGAUUAAUCACACUGAAGAUGCUGACAUGGGAGAUGCCCCAGAGGUCCAUGUGACUCCGAACGCAACUCCCCUCAUCCCCAUCAAUCCCCAUCAAUCACCAACCCAGGCUGGACCAGAGCCAUCAAAGCAAGCUCAAGGCGACCCAACCCUGCCCCAGAAAACCAACAUAUAGGCGGCCAGUGCCUGGACAGGAUACUCCCCGCCUCUAACCCAGCUAAGUGUGGAGCUCCAAAGCAUG